AUGAUGGAUUUGACCAAAGAAGAUGGUGUUCUUGAGUGGGUCAAAUGUCUGUUUCCUACAGAUACAGUUCAGAGUGUCACUCCAUUGCAAGGUGGAUCUGCAAACUUUAUUUGGAGAGUCAUCAUUCAUGCUCCCAUACAAGUACAACUUCCAUUUGGUCUUUCCAACCAGCAUCAACCAUGCAACAGUUCCAAACCAAUGUCUUUUACUCAAACUGUGUCAGUCAUUGUCAAGCAUGCAGAAGGCUUUGUUGCAUCCAAUCCUUCCAUGAAACUCUAUCAAUCUCGUAUUCAGGAUGAAGUGGCUGCCAUGACUUUUGCUAGCGAUAAAACCAUUUCACUCCUGAAUCCAUGUCCUGUUUUGGGUCAAGAUCACUCGCUGCAUGCAACAUACACUGUAAAAUGUCCUCGAAUACUGCAUUUUGACGACAUAAACUCGGUCUUUAUACUGCAAGAUGCUGGUCUUUAUAGUAUGAACUUGAAGGCAUUCAUGUCUUCCUAUCCAUCAGCUACUGUAAAAGCAGAUUCAAAUGUGCCAAUAGAUCCCAUCUACACCCACUUUUCACCUACUUCGACCCAGUUUCAUGAGGCUGUUGGGUCUGGAUUGGGAAAGUUUAUUGCUAGACUGCACAAUACAGGUCGAUCUCUAACCCAACCAGAGUUGCAUAAAUUCAUCAACCAGCCAGCAUUGGCUCUUUCAAACGAGAUACUCUAUGCUCGGUUUGAAACUGUUUUGAAUUCGCUAGGAAUUGCGUCAGAUCUUGUGACUGAUGGAAUCGAUGCGGUCAAAUGGGCGUCCAAGAUUCUUUUAGAUGGCGACGCUUAUCAGCAUGCUAGUCUAUGUAUGGGUGAUUUUUGGCCAGGAAAUAUCAUUGUAGACAUCAGUUCAAACCAUGAACCCAAUUCAUCUGAUUCACACUUGCAAUCAGAACAUGUUGCUAUUGGACUGUCGAUUGUCGAUUGGGAAUUGGCUCGCGUUGGUCCAACUCCAAUGGAUUUGGGUCAGUUUCUUGCUGAAGCCUAUAGCAUUCAUAUCUACAGAUGUCCGGUUCCCGUACUUGUUCUCUCUUUUCAAAAAGCUUAUUUAGCUACACUGGAGUCUAGAGUGUUUGGAUGUGAAGAUGUUAAAUUAUGUCUGAUUCACAUGGGUGUGCAUUUGAUUGUAUGGGGAACGUGCACUGGAUGGUUUGAUGCCAAGGAUGUGACAGAAAGUCGACGGUUGGCUAUGCUCGGACUGGGAUUGGUUGCAAACGCUUGGAACUCCAAUUGGAAAGCCAUCAAGGAAUCCGAGUUUGGUGAAUUACUAAAUCCAUUUUGCACAGCUGCUGCUCAAUAA